GCCAGAGCUGCGCUGCGCUCAACCCUGGUCCUCGUCCUCAACUCUCUCUCUAUCUCUAUAUACACGAUUAUGCACUGAAAGACUACAUAUGUAGAGCCUAUUCAGGACUUAAAACAGCGCUGAGUUGAGAUUUUCGUAUGCAUUACGCCCGGAUGCCUCCACUGUCGUGGUUUUAGUCUGCAAAAAAAACGGAAUAUUCACUCGAACCCGGACCAAGUUGCUGCAGCAGAGGGCGCCAGUCUAUGAUGAACCUGGAGCGUGGUGAAAGAGGGGAGCGUCCCUCUUCUCGAGGCCUGGAGAUGGAGCCUCGCAUUGGGGGGAAGAUGGGGAAGAUAUCGGUGGGGUUCCAGAGGAGCUCUACAUCGGAUGAUGACUCUGGUUGUGCGUUGGAGGAGUACGCUUGGGUGCCACCAGGACUCAGGCCUGAGCAGGUGCAGAUGUAUUUCUCCUGUCUACCGGAGGAUAAGGUGCCGUACGUGAACAGUCCUGGAGAGAAGCACAGGAUCAGACAGCUCCUCUACCAGCUGCCGCCACAUGACAAUGAGCUUCGUUACUGCCACUCUCUCACUGAAGAGGAAAAGAGGGAGCUUCAUAUGUUCAGUGCCCAGAGGAAGAGAGAGGCACUUGGGAGAGGAACACCCAAGAUCCUGCCCCGAGCUCUGCAACACACACGCUGUGAAACUUGUGCUGGAGGAAUCAAUGGAGGGGAGAUGGCAAUUUUUGCCUCCAGAGCAGGGCCGAGCCCUUGCUGGCACCCCGCGUGCUUCGUGUGUGCCACAUGUCAAGAGCUUCUGGUGGAUCUGAUCUACUUCUCCCAAAAUGGCAAGAUCCUCUGUGGAAGACACCACGCAGAGCUUCUCAAACCUCGAUGCUCUUCUUGUGAUGAGAUCAUCUUUUCAGAUGAAUGCACUGAAGCAGAGGGUCGUCACUGGCACAUGAAGCACUUUGCCUGUUUCGAGUGCGAGACAAUGCUCGGUGGGCAGCGCUACAUCAUGAAAGAUGGAAAGCCAUACUGCUGUGGCUGCUUUGAGUCACUGUAUGCAGAGUACUGCGAGGCCUGUGGUGAAAACAUUGGUGUGGACCAUGCCCAGAUGACCUAUGAAGGUAUACACUGGCACGCCACAGACCAGUGCUUCUGCUGUGCCCAGUGCAAGGCUUCAUUGCUGGGUUGUCCUUUCCUUCCAAAGCAGGGCCGCAUCUAUUGCUCAAAGGCCUGCAGCCAAGGGGAAGAUAUCCAUGCAUCAGACUCAUCUGAUUCUGCUUUCCAGUCCGCCCGUUCACGUGAAUCCCGCCGUAGUGUCCGGAUGGGGAAGAGUAGCAGGCCUGCUGAACAGUGGAGACAGUCGCAGGUGCUUAACCCCCCUGCUACCAUCCCCUCCUUUGAUUACAAGUUUGGAGAUGCAGAGGGUGAUGGACAUGCCGACUGUGAUAUUGGAAUCGUAGGGCGCAAGCUGGCCCAUCUAGGCCUGGAGGAGGAGAGGUUCUGGAGAGAUCGGGAGGAGCAGGAUGCUGGUGGAGAGGAGGAUCCAGAGGAGUGGGCCCAGCAUGAUGACUAUAUGACCCAACUCCUACUCAAAUUUGGUGACCGUGGGAUGUUACACCAAUUUCAGCAGCCAUCCCUUAAAUCUCCUAGCCCUAGCAGCGACAGAAACAGGGUAAUGAGUGUGUCUGACCCCUGGCUUAAGCCUGAUUCAACAUCCAUGAGGGUAGCUGCUUCUUCUCCCACCCCUGCAAGUCCUACCCAGAGCCAGACUUCUAGUCAAUCUCGAGCCAACAGUCUCAGCCCUGGAUUGAUGAGCAAGAAGAACCUGCCUGAAAUGUACUGGGCACAAUCCCAGGAUGGGAUGGGGGACUCAGCCUACGGGAGUCAUCCGGGUCCUGCCAGUGCAAGAAAGAUUCAAGAGCUGGACUUAGACCAGGAUCAGGACCAAUCUGGAACAGGAAGACAGCCCUUCUGGACAGAAAAUAGGCAGUGGUAUGACGACUCUCUUGAGUGUAUCGCUGAUGAGCUGAGAAAGGUCGGACAAGGUGGUGGAGACUCCAUGGACUCCCUGGCACUUUCAAACAUCACUGGUGCAUCAGUGGAUGGAGAUGGCAGGGAAAGACCUAUCGUCUACACCCUUGCCAUGCAAGAUUCCUCAGUGGCAGACGAGUGCGAGAAGAUGAGCAACAUGGGAACCUUUAAUUCAUCUCAUCUUCACCACAGUGCCAAUUCUCUAAACCUCAACAUGGAGAAGGGAGACGAGGAGAUAGCAAUGGCAAUGAGGGGAGGCGCACCAGGAGGACUUAUUUCCCCACAGUCUGAAGGUCUACCUUCUUCCUUUGUCCAUGCCCCUGCUCUCAGAAGGAGCAAGUCUCAAUCCAGGCCUCCUCAGAUGGUCAAGUUCUCAGAGGACACGGUGGACAAUGGAUAUAACGAUGGGUUUGAUGUCAAUGUUAGACGACAUCCUAUGAGUGAGAAGCCACAGAGGAGGGUAUACCUCCCAGAUGAAAUGGCCCGAGAAAGAGGCCACCCAGCAAGCCACCACGGACGUAGCAAGCAUCACCACCACCAUCACAGCCAAGGCCGGCACCACAGGAGCCGCAAGACUCGAUCAGACAACAACCUUCACAUGGUUCCUUUGGAGAAAGUCCAGAGGCCCUAUGAGAACCAGCAGCAAGGUCUGGUAAAUCCCCUUUGUAAUCCAAUGCUUCUACAGCAUCCAGCUCAUAGGCUACCCAUGGCCUACCCCCAAUCCAGAUCUGACUUUAUGCCUCAGGGUUUGGCUCCAGGAGACCCACGCGUUGAUCAGUUCACAGGUCUUUACAGAGAUGAGGAUGACUGUUGCUCUACUUGCUCUUCCUCAUCAUCAGACUCUGAGGAGGAGGGCUAUUUUCUGGGCCAGCCAAUCCCUCAACCUCGAGCAGUUGGACGUUACUAUGCUGAGGACUACCCAACAAGGGUUACAGCCCUCUCUUCCCAGUUUCAUGGUCCACAGACUGGUCGCAGAAAGGGCCAUCGCUCCAAAAACUGUAUCAUUUCUUAACAGCACAGUGUUUUUACAUUGUAGUCUGCACUACACCAAGCAAUAGUCAGAUUUUCUUUGGAUGUACAUUUCGCUGAUAAAUCUCUGCUUAAAAAGGAUGUUUAAAACAACCCAUGUGGACAUGAUUAGUAUUGCACUCUUAACAGGAAGUCUAUUCACAAAUGUCACGAUGCAUAUCAUACUUCAUCUAAUGAAAGAACAGACAACUGCAAACUGUUGGAAAAGUAAGACUGGGUCUUGGUUGAAAUGUAUUAUUUGUGUAUGUAUAAAUUAGGCCUAAACAAUGGGAGUUUUUGACUUAAGCACUAUUAUGAUGCAUGGACCAGUGAAUUAGGCCCAAAGUUUGUAAAGUGGCAACUAUACUAACUUUUUCAUCAAGUUGAGCAUUUUCCAGUCAGACUUUUUAAAAUGUGUUCUGUUAAAACAUUUGCAGCAGCAUCUUUGUAGGCUUAAAAUGGCAACACAGUGUACACAGAGCUUGAUAAAGUAGAAAGUAGAAAAGAACCAAAUAAUUAUUUAAUGCAUUAUUAUAGUGCAAAAAUGAUAAUGUAUAUACUAAGUUAAGAUUUUAAUACUGGUAUUUUUAUAUCUGUGGUUCAAAGAAUUGUUUUGAAGUGUAAGAAAACAGCAUCUGUUAUGGUAACCAAAAUGACCUCUACAACAUUUUAUGAGGAACAACAGAGAAGGUGCCACUUCAUUAAUUGUGUUGUUCACAGCAAAGUGCCAUGUUACUAGGUAACAAUGUUGACAAUGACAUACAGUAUACCAAAAUGCUCUCUUGUGUAGAAAAUGCAAAAUGAAUGGCGGUAACACCCACAUGUUCCAGUAUCCCGCUUACCUGCUCACUACCCUUGCUCUGACAUAACCCGCUAAAUGCUUUGUGAUGUAAAGAUGCUUGUAAUAAAUAUUUUUUUCCCUCAAA